AAUCUGCCGAGACGUUCUAUAUCACAGAGAGAGUAACAGCAAACAACACCAACAUUGCUCAGUUUGGGUCAUCAGAAUGGACAAUGGCGACCGGCAGUCGAACCAGAAUCUACUAUUCUAAGCGAAAGCCUGUGGAUGACCGUUUCGCUUGCAUCCUGCUGCGAUAAGUAUUACCUUCUUGUACUUUGUCAACACGUGCUGUCCGCGGCUGUAGCUAUGGUACGCUGUUGAAAUCGAUGCGGCCGAUCGGUGAGGCACCUCGAUUGGUGCAUUGCUUGCUCGCCACUUCCAACCGAUCUCGGAUGGCUUCAGUGAUCGGAAGAGCCCGAGACGGAAGAUCUCGCCAUGAUCAACUAAAACAGCGGCGAGCGCAGCUCGACGGACGCUUCGCAGGUCAGUCGAGAGAGCAGGCUCAUUGCAAACUGCCAAUGACCACGGCACCUACGGAAAUCCAGGUUCCUCGCCUUUCACCCGACACAACCGUCACAUCCAAUUCCCGCGUUCGCAAGGUUGUUGUGAACCUCUCUCGCGCGGUCGCCUACUUCCGCCGCAGCGGCGAGACAGGGACACUCGCCAUACUAGAGAGGCGGAUCAACGACCUUUCGCGCGGACAACUACCGGUCGAGGAACGAGACGUAGUACAGCGGCAAGCUCAAGAAAAGGUUGCGCCCAGCAACACGAAGAGUCUUGAGCUGGCGCUCGCGGCAUUGGAGACCAAGUGUGCGGUGCUGAGGUUGCAGUUGGCGCAAGGCAAGGCGAGAUAUCCGGAGAACGCGCGGUUGAACCACCAUGCUGGGUUGAUACGGACGGAGUUGGAGGAGUGGCGAGGCAUUGGCGAGAAUGCUGAGGCGGAGGAGUUAGGGUUGUCGAAAUGUUUGCCGAUGUAGCCUGCAAUAUUUGAGCCCAUGGACGUUAGCUUCCGAAAUACGGGACAUGCUUCGUACACCUACUAAUGCACGUGAGGUAUCCUUGCCACGGCUGCUUCAUCACAGAUCCGUGCAACGUGGGGAUGUGUUGCGCACGCACUGAGGACACCGAAUGUAAUGGGGACCUCAUGCGAA